AUGACCAACAACCAAUUCAUGCUCAUACACUAUCACGAAAUUGGCCUCAAAGGCAAAAAUCGGGGCAGAUUUGAACGGCGCCUGAUGACCAACAUCACCCGCGCACUCAAAGAUGUGCCCUGUGGAAAGCUCGAGCGUCUAUCGGGCCGCAUGAUGCUCGCACUCACUUCAGAAUCGCCAAUAGAUGUAAUCCGAGAACGACUCUCGACAGUCUUUGGCAUCGCUAAUUUUUCCGAAGCAGUCGUCGCCAAACGCAAUAUCGAAGCCAUCCGAGAAACAACCUGGGCACUUGCACAAAAAGCCGAUUUCGAAUCCUUCAAAAUUGUCACCAAGCGCGGCGACAAAACCUUUCCCCUCAAUUCAGAUCAAAUCAACCGAGAUGUGGGCAAGCAUAUUCAAACCCUAUCAGGUGCCCGCGUCCUGAUGGACAAUCCAGACCUCAUUUGUUUUAUUGAAAUUGCCCCACAACGCAUAUUUAUCUACGCCGAAAAAAUCCCGGCGCCAGGAGGUUUACCCGUCGGUUCCAAUGAACGCGCCGUAAGCCUCCUCUCUUCGGGCAUUGACUCACCCGUGGCUUCUUACAAAAUUAUGAAACGCGGUGUCAAACUGACCUAUGUACAUUUUCACAGCCAGCCUUAUACCAAUCGCAAUUCACAGCGCAACACCGAAGACCUCGUACGACUCCUCACCCGGCAUCAAUAUGUGUCGGACCUCUACCUCGUACCAUUUGUCGAAAUUCAACGCCACAUCAUGACGCGCGCACCCGCGAGCUACCGCGUCAUUCUCUACCGCCGCGCCAUGCUGCGCAUUGCAGAAGCCAUUGCCCAAAAAGUGGAUGCCCAUGCACUUGUCACAGGCGAAAAUGUCGGGCAGGUCGCCUCGCAAACCCUGUCGAACAUGCGCGCCAUCGAAGAAGUGACCCCACUGCCCAUCUUGCGCCCAUUGUCCGGUGACAACAAAGAAGAAAUCAUCAACGAAGCGCGGCGCAUCGGCACAUAUCAAAUCUCCAUUGAACCCUACGAAGAUUGUUGUUCUGUCUUUGUACCCAAACACCCCGAAACGCGCGCCAACUUGGAAAAAGUCCGCGAAAUCGAAUCCGCGCUCGACCUCGCCCCUCUCAUCAUACAAACCCUUGAACAAACCAAACGCAAAACGUUCAAGUUUUAG